GUGGAGCAAUUUUACAAACUUUGACUAAGUUUUGGAGCUAGGGGAAGCCCGAGGGGAGCAAUCCAAAUUUCAACACCAACACCAAUAAUUAAGGCCAACACCGGGUUUCGUCCUUUCAAGAUGUCUUAAAAGGCCCGAAAAUAGACAUCACAGAGCUGACAAAGAUGUGUUUCAAUGGUGUUCCUGACUCUGCAGGAAUGAGAUCGGUUUGUUGGAAAAUUUUGUUGAACUACCUACCGCCAGCCAGAUCAACAUGGCCAGAUGUGUUGGCAAAACAGAGACAACUUUACAAAGAGUUUCUUGAAGAGAUGAUAAUUCAACCUGGGUCAAAGGAAUACAGUACUAAGAGAACAGAUGUUACGAUGGAAGAUCAUCCUCUUAAUCCCAAACCAGACAGCCAAUGGUCACAGUACUUUAAGGAUAAUGAGGUUCUCCUUCAGAUUGACAAAGAUACUAGGAGAUUACAGCCUGACAUAGGUUUCUUCCAGACUGCUACAGACUACCCAUGUAAAGAACUUGUAGAUGCAUCUACCACCCUAGAAACAUUGAGGAAGAGAAUAGAACACACCAUGCUCCAUUCAGUGGCUGUGGCAAAGUCUAGGGCUGGCAUUACUAAUAUGGUAACCUCAAAGAAACCAAUAAAAAUGGAAUUUGGUCACGAUGCAUUAGAAGAAGGUCAGGAAGCUCAUUGGGAAGUAUUAGAAAGAAUUCUCUUCAUCUAUGCCAAGUUGAAUCCAGGCCAAGGGUACGUUCAAGGAAUGAAUGAAAUCAUAGGACCUCUAUACUAUGCAUUUGCAGCUGAUAAGGAUUUGAGUUGGCGAGAACACGCAGAAGCUGACACAUUCUUCUGCUUCACCAACCUCAUGUCCAAGAUGCGUGAUACCUUCAUCAAGACGUUGGAUGACUCACCGACAGGGAUUAACGCCAAGAUGGUCAAACUGAUGCAGAUGGUGAAGCGUUGUGAUGCCAAGAUCUGGCUGCAGUUCCAGAAGCAGGACUUGAAGCCUCAGUUCUUUGCAUUCCGAUGGCUGACCCUUUGGCUCACCCAGGAGUUCCCUCUUCCAGAUGUUACCAGAUUGUGGGACUCAUUACUAUGUGAUGAAGGCAAGCCUGAAUUUCUUCUGUGUGUCUGCUGUGCAAUGAUUCUGUCUCAAAAAGAUAUCAUCCUCGAAGGAGAUUUUGCUACAAAUAUAAAGAUGCUACAACACUAUCCAGCAAUAGACAUGCAUGAAUUACUGAAGAAAGCCAUUGAAGUAAGAGAGAGAUGCUCAUGAUCAAAGCAAAACCUGGUGAUGAGGUUGGCCAUUUUACUGAGGCUUGCGACACAGUCAUGUCAGAUGGACCUUUUUUAUAUGGACUGCUUGUGCAAGGUGUAUUGUUGCUUGUUGCAAGACUCUUACGCUGUUCAGGAUCACUUGGACUGCUUUGAUGGAGGUGCACAUUUGGAUGAUGCAGCUGUCCUACAUUCUUGUCAAGCAAUAGUUUAAUCAGAGAUGGAAUGUUCACCAGUCUCAAGACCACAUUUUCUUGCUAAUGAUCUUGAUCUAUGCCGUGCACCUGUAUCAGUGACACAUCUAGGAAACAGCAACCAGUGUCAGUGCUCAAGUUGUACCCCUUGCAACCUCUGAUGCUGGAGGAGUGUGCUGGUGACCUGCCCAUUCCAGCAGCUGCAGGGGGUAAGCAUUAGAAUAUGCGAUGAGCUAUAUUUUGUUCUGUGAAAUUGAACCUUUUUGGACUCCAUGAGAGCCACAUCCAGGGAACAUUUGUCUCUCCCCCCCCUUAGAUAUGCCACUCUUAUGCAAUCACCUAAGUCACUUAUAGAUUCUUGUGAUGAUCUUCUGGUGUCCAAUGAAUUUCUUAAAUUUGAUGAUGAAUUGUGAGAGCAACAAAAGCAAGCAAGAAAGGUACACAAAAAUAGGAAAUAUUUCCAGAUACACAUCAGCAAACUGCAGCUGAUUGUUCUGUCUGGGAUGAAGUAUCAAUAUCAAAGUGCAAUGCACGUCAUGUGUUUAUGAAAAAACACACAGCUUAGUGACUAUUGUAGCCUAAGACCCUCUUUCCCUGCACAAUGACAAAAUGGUCACAGUUGAUACAUUAAACCAUAAUGAAUGUAUUAUUAUUUCAGGGCCAGGGCCCUGUUGCAUGAAAGUGACUUUGAUGGUAACUUUGCCCCCCAUUGGUAAUUUCUCUGAAAUCCUUGAUUCUGAUUGGUUGUUUAGCAUCAUUACCAUGUUAGUUACCAAUGGAUAACAAACUUACCAUAAUGGUAACUUUUAUGCAACUUGACCCAGAUGGAUGAUGAUUAUUGUGUGAAAUAUUAGAAUUAACUCCAUUUUGGCUCCACUUUUUUAUACAGUUUAAUUCAACUUUUAUCAGUAUAGAUCAAUAUGCAUGCAUACAUGUAUGUGAGAGAAAAGGUGCUAUAAAUUUGAAUGUCUGCCCAUAAAAGCAUAGAGCCAAGUGAGAUGAUAUAAACAGUGUGUGCAAUGAAUUUUGUGGACUGUAUCAAAGCCAUUGUUUUGAAGAUCACAGAAAAAAAUCUAUAAAAGUAUUUUAAGGAUUAAC